GUAGGUGAAAAGAAUACGGCGAAGAUUCAAAGUUUUUCUUCAGUAAGUGCACUUUUAUUUCUCUUGGACAUACGUUACAUUUGUGGCGUUUGACUGAUUUGUAGUGUGGAAAGAGACCGAGGGUUAACAUUGGUUAGUCGUAAUCGGACUCGUGCGUCUUCAGGUGUCCCGAGCUAAGCGCACAAAGACCAACCGACAAUAGAAAACGUAUUUCUGUCACAACACCGACCAACAAACAGACUAUGUUUGGCUUUCACAAGUCAAAGAUCUACCGGAGUAACGACGGCUGUUGCAUCUGCAAGACCAAGUCCUCCAGUUCACGCUUCACGGACAGCAGUCGAUAUGAAGAAACAUUUGAGCUCUGUUUUGGGCUUUCAGAAGAUCGGCUUGGAGACAUUUGCAAUGCCUGUGUGUUGCUUGUGAAGAGGUGGAAGAAGCUCCCUAAUGGCUCCAAGAAGAACUGGAACCACGUGGUGGAUGCCCGGGCUGGACCAGGCUUCAAGAUGACAAAGCCCAAGAAGAUCAAGAACAGUGAUGGGAAGAAGAAAAGCAAGCUGAGGAAGCUUCAUAAAUUAAAGAGACAAACAGACUCAGAUGCCCACAGCACAACAUCCAGUGUGUCUCCGGCGCAGUCCCCCAGUUACAGCAACGUGUCAGAUGAUGGCUCAGACAUCGAGUCCAAGCAAAGGCGCCCAACUCCCUCCUCCAUCUUCUCUUUCCUGGACCGUUCGUACUGGAAGAGGCAAAAGGUGUGCUGUGGGAUCGUCUAUAAGGGGCGUUUUGGAGAGGUGAUUAUUGAUCCUCGGCUCUUCAAGCCCUGCUGCAGCUCCAAAAAACAGAAGACACUGGUGUCCACGCAGGUGUCCACACACCUGCCAGACCCACUUCCUCCACAACUCCCAGAAGUCAUAAAAGAAACCUGGUGAUUGCCUUUGUUUGCCCCCCCCCCCUGUAGGGUUAUCCAUGGCAUCCACCUGGAUUUGUCUCCAGUGGCAGACCUCCCAUUUCCACCCACCCAAUUAGAUCAAAUAGUUAGAAGUUUCUUUUCUAUGUAAUGUUCCUUUUUUAUAUGGGUAUUUUAUCUUUUGUAUAGAGUUGAUUGUCUUUCUUUUUUUUAUAGAAAGAAAAAAGAGGGGGAAACGUAUUAUGGGCAUUAGUGUUAUUUAUAGGUUAAGGAAGCACAUUUUGUCGAUGCUCCGUUUUUGAUUUGGUAUUGUUUUUGGAUAUUUUGUAUUGCGUGAUCAAAGUUUUGUAAAUAUUUUGUCACCUUUUCACACAUAUCAAGACUGCUAUAUUUUUUUCAUAAUUUGUCUAAUUGAAAGUGCAUAUGAGAGACACCAGCUAUUCUAAUACCAGCUUUUUUGUGUAUGUUGGAGUGCCGCGCCAACAUGUUGCAACGUUUUUGUCUUAUCGGUUCCAUAUGUGCGACUGCGUGUGUCUAGAAUUUUUUAGUACACAAAUGCCUUUGUUACCCCAGGGAUCAUCAGUAAGCUGUUCUCUAUGAAUUUAUGUUUGUAUAGAUAGCAACCUACUCUCUUUCUGACAUGUUCACAGCUUAAGCAUGCUGCACGUUUGAAACACUCCAUUUUGAUUCUCAUCAGUUGUUGCACAUUAACUCUGAUAGAUGGGGUUACACAAUGCAUGCAGUACAUUCCUUUGCCUGUCAGAAUGAUUCAUUUCUUUUUAGCAGCCUCCAAUGAAAUGACAAUGCAUGUUGUAAAGCAAAUGUUUUUUAAACUCAUUUUGUAAAUAGUCAGUGUUUCUGCUCUUGGUACAUCAACAUCUAUUUUUUAAUUUACAGGAAUAGCAAGCUAAUACUUUUGUAGGAAAACUUUUGUGUGUCUGAAAUGUGCUGGAAACAUGUACCUUUUACACUAAGCCCGUUUUAUCAAAUCUCAUUUUCUUGGACACAUUUUUGUAACUGUGUAUAAACUGCAGGGAAUGGUAGAUGUUUAUGGUCAGGAAGCAUGACCCCUUUUUUACGGUUACUCAAAAUUCUGUUAAGGAAACUGUAUGAUUGCCAUUUCUGUGAUUCAUCUUCAGAAGCAAUCAUCAAAGUUAAAACUAUGCAGACAUUUUUGAAUGUGAGAAGUGCUCUGGGGCUGUCUUAUCACUUGCAGUGUAAAGUGAUGGUUCCUUAUUCAACCAAAUUGGCUUAUAAAAAGCAUCCAUUAUUUCAGCAUAACUAUUUCAUUUUCGUAAUCAAAAUUCAUCAUUGUCUCAAGAUUUUUCUUGUUUAUGCUUUGUUGAAAUAAUGUUCAGAAUGCAGUUUUAGCUGUCGUGCAAACUGUCGCUCAAAUGAAUACUGUAAUGCCACGGUUGCUUUAUUUUUUUGCAUUAUUGUAACCUUCAUGAAUUGACAGGCAAUAAUCGGUAAAGUUGCUUAAUAUAUAAAUGUUUCUGCGGCAGGGUAGUUAAAUGCUGAACAUGUUUUAUGAUUCCUAUUAAAAGGAGAAAUUGCUGCUUCCCUUUAAGCUGGAAAAUAAGCUUGUUUUUGUCCUAAGGGAGUUGCCAUAUUGUUUUUGCGAGGUACAUUUUGGGAUGUGAGAUGUGCCUUAAUGAAUUACCUGACCUUGUCAUGAUUCUCAUGUAAUUUAUAUUUAUUUAUUGCAAAACCUUUUUUUAAACUGACAUUUUGAUAACUGGUGUGGAGCCUUUCAGAAAGUCUUUUUAAUUGUGUGCACUUCCUUUGAACAUGCAAUGUAGUUGUUUUUUAAAAUACUUAUUUGUAUACUGUAUGACAAAGUAGCUGUGUAUUGUAAUAAAAAAUAUGAAAGGAGAA